AUUUUUUAUAUCUUUUGCAAAGAAAUUUGCGAUAUUAAUAUACCUGCUACUCUGAGGCAGAUGUAUUGCUCGGCAACAAUUGCCGAACUGUGUGUGUAGGAAUGCAAAAUUCGAAAUGUUCGACCAUUUGCAUGCUUGGGCCUUGAGUUUGGCUGAAUAGUCGUCGAUACCACAGUCGUUGUUGCAGCCACGAGUUUUACAGCAGCAGAAUAAUAUUUUUGGUGUGAGGGCGCUUUCAGACUGUAUUAACUUGAUUCAAACGUAAAUUGCAUUCAUAUAAGAUGAAUGUGGAAAAAUUGAGGCGGCUGCAAUCACAAGUGCGGAUAGGAGGCAAGGGUACAGCCCGUCGUAAGAAGAAGGUUAUGCACCAGACUGCCACUACGGAUGAUAAAAAGUUGCAAAGUUCUUUAAAAAAGUUAUCCGUUAGUACCAUACCGGGAAUUGAAGAAGUGAACAUAAUCAAAGACGAUCUAACCGUUAUUCAUUUUAAUAAUCCAAAAGCGCAAGCAUCUCUCUCUGCAAAUACUUUCGCUGUCACCGGACAUGGAGAGACAAAGAAAAUUGUAGAAAUGUUGCCGGAGAUAUUGCCACAGCUGGGUCAAGAGACGGUGGUGCAGCUGCGCAUGUUCGCUAAUUCAAUGACGGGUACAAAGAAAGCGGCGGGAGCUAUGGGCGGUAGUGAUGCGACUGCGAGUACAAAUAUGCUUUAUAGCGUUGUAGAGGAGGACGAUGUACCUAUGUUGGUGAGUGACUUCGAUGAGGUGGCUAAAAUAGAGGCAAUGAAAGUGGGAGAGCAAACUACUACUACUAACGAAAAACCGGCAAUUGAAAAUACAGAAACCAAAGGAGAAUCGGCUGCAGUGUUACCACUCUUAUCGGAAGCUAAGGGUAAUGAGAAUGGAAACAAUGUGCAACCGUUGGAAAGUUUAAAUUUAAAUGUAAUAUCAAACGAAAAGUUGGAAAUACGGAACGGAAAUGAAACUAAUGUUAAAAAGCAGGAAAUAAAUACAGAAAAAGAAAACUUAAAUAGAACUGAGAAGCUAAAUAUCAAAUCAACAAGUGAUGUAGGAAAAAAUAAAGAGACGCAAAAGAAGAAUGAAAAAAAAUCACAACAAAAACAGGAACCUGCCAGGCAAAAAUCUAAGCUUGAAAAUAAGAGUCAAAACCCCAUUAAAGAUAAUGAGAAACCUGAUGAAAUUGCUUCAAAAAGUACAACUUUAAAAUUAGACGACAACAGAGAAGUUGACGAAUCUAGUAAAGAUGAUGUUACUGAUGUGAUCGAAUCGGAAAAGUCAGUACAAAUAAGAUCCAAAAAUGUAAAGAAUAAUGGGGAUAAUCAGCAAACAAAACAAUUACAGCAAAGGUCGGCGAAGGCAGAACUACCAGCUGCAACAAAGGCGAAGGAAAAACAAAUGGGACCAGAAUCAAACUCUCAGCAAAAACAAGUAGGUCUAAAAGAAAACGAAGGCAAAAAUAUCGAAAAACAAGGUGAAAGUCAACAAACCAAUGCGAGUUUAGAUUCAAUAGAACUUGUAAAUAUUGAACAACAGUCAGACGAUCAGAAUCAGACACAAAAACUUCCCCUGCAACAACAACAAAAGAGUGAGUCACCAAUAAAACAAAAAAAUAAACAGCCUCAACAAAAACAACAAAACCAAGUAAGCCAGAAAAAAACGGAUACUGAGAAAGGAUUGAAAAAAGCGGAACUUCUUCCAAAAUCAGGUAAGCAGGACGAGAAACAAACUAUAAAAUCAUCCAAAGAAAAGCCCGCUGACAAGAGUGCUGAAUCAAAAAAGACAAGCAAUGAAAAACAAUCUGAAAGUACUAAAAAGAAUGUAAAAGAAUCGUCAGAUAAUCAAAAAAAGUCAGACGCUCAAAUUAAAAGCUCACAAGAAGUGAAGGCAGUUUUGGCAGAUGAUGGAAAAGAAUCCAAAAAAGCUGAACCUCUUCCAGAAUCAACUAAGGACGCGAAUCAGCAACAGCAAUCUGAUUCUGUAGAGGGGGAGCCUUUCAAAAGUCAGCAAGAAUUUGUAACGGAAGAGGCAGAUAAGCCAAAACCGGAAAGUCAACAAGUUGAAAAAACCAAUAAAGAUAUAUUAUCUAUAGAACCCACUAUAGAAACCGGAAAGCCAGCCGAAACGGAUAUACAACCACCAGACUUAUCCAUCAAAACUGUUGCCUUACAAUCAUUAGAAUCUAGUGAGAAAAUGAUGCAGAUAGUAAAUGAAAUUGCUAAAGAUAUUCUGAUAGAAAAUUUGAACAACCUGUCAGAGGAAACUAUUAAAAAUAAGUCGCUACCUGAACUUCCAUCUGAUCAACAGGAAGUGGUAGAAAAAACGGUUGAAUCCGUGCUAAAUGAGGAACUAGAAGCAACAAACACAUCUGUUGAAAAAACACAAGAGAAAGAGUUGAACACCGACAAUCAAAAGUCCCAAAGUCUAUUGCCUAAAACAAGCUUGGAAGUUGUUGAAGAUCUUGAUAGUAAUGUAGAGUCAUUAAACAAAGAUUCAGACGUAAAGGGCGUUAUUAUUGUUAAAGAAAAAUUACCUAGUGCUGAAAAAGAGAUCAUUGCAGACAGUCCAUCAUUAACAGAUACAAUUCUUCCGAAAGUAGGCGAAAACAAUGAUACAAGUAUGACAGUAGUGGAACAGAUUCCUAAUGCGCAGAUACUUGAAUCGCAAAAGGUUGCUACGCCAGAGGGCGGCACUUUAGGUGAACAAUUAGCGAAACAGCCUACAUUGGCUGAGAUAGUACAAUCACUGCCACCGGCAAUACCUUUGCCCACAUCGCAAAUACCUGCCAAUAAUAAUAAAAUCGACGAUGUGAAUAAUGAAAAAUUUAUUGCUAUAGAUUCGGCAAACAAACAGCCAUCAAUGGCCGAAAUACUACAGUCACAACCACCGAUAAUACUACCGGCUGCAGUCUUAUCCUCACCAAACAAUACUAUAAAUAUUGAAGUGAAGGAUAUUCAGAAGUCAGAGAUAUUGAAUAAAGCAGAUGUAAAAGAAUUGCAGUUAGAUUCAAGCGAUACCGUUGAAAAGGAGCAAUUGUGUCAACCGCAAGACCAAGGAUCUAUUACCCCCGAACUAUCAACAUCAUCGACUGGCAAUGUGUCAGUUGUUGAUGGAAAACCUGCACCCAUAUCAAUAAGCCCCAAACAAAAGGCAUCACCACCAAAACAGGCCACAAAUAUUAAGAACUCGAACGAAACGUCGAAACAACAGCCAAAGCCAUCUACAGCAGGCGAUGCUAAAUUAAAGUUGGUAACGAAGCCGCAACCGGGGCAACAGCUUCAACAACAACAAACAUCAAAAGUUAAAUCAAAACCAACGAAUAACAACAAAUCGACACCAACGACACCAAUAACGCCAACAACGGCAAACACACCCACGAAGUUGUCACCCGAAAAAGGAACAACAGAUAAACAGCAGCCAAUAAUUCCCGUUACAAAGGCGGCUCCUGAUGCAGCACCAAAAAAGGCAAAUUCACCGCAAAAACAACAACAAACGGAUACAUCAGCAAAAUCUAAGACAACAUUGGGAGCAAGUACUAAAUCUGCACGACCUAAUACUGGAAAUACCGGGACAACAUCUGGCACUACUAAGAAAGCAAACACACCACCAGCAACAAGUAAAACAAAUGCAAACACUGGUGGAAAACAGCAAAAAAUUAACGUAAAAGGAACGGUUUCCGGUACGCAAACAGUCGCUGAACAACCCCGAGUUUUGGUAGAAACGAAAUCAGUACCAACAACACCGCCAACCUCGUCACCAACUAUUGAAAAUACUGCUAUAUCGAACAAACCAUCCCUUUCGAAAUAAUGAAACUUCUCCCCCAAUAUGAUGAGAAGUUUUAGUUGAGUUUAAUUAUGUUGCAUUGUUCUUACUUUCAUUCAUGCUUUUAUGAAUUACUCUCAAUGAAUAUUUUAACUUGCUAUUGCAUUUGCAUUUUGUGAAUUUUUAUUUGUUCAAAGCUCCUCUGAUGGUUCAUUCAUGAAUUCAUUAAUUUUUGUAUUCAUUCUUAAACAUUAUUUCAACAUAUACUAACCGGCUAUCAUAGAUGCCUAUACAUCACAUAUAAAAUAUUCAUACUAAUAUGUUCAUGCUAAAACAGUUUUCACCACUAACACCGUUUUAAAGUUAGCGUUUCUUAAAAUAAAAACAAGAAAAGGUUUCAGUAGAUAUACGAAGCAAAAAGGAAGCAUAUAGUUUUCAAAUAGAUCCACAUCUAUUUGAUUUUUGAACAUCGAUUUAGAUUUAUUUUUGGUUGUUUAUGCUUUGCUUAGUUUUAAGUGUUGUAAAGAACCAAAAUGUAAUUCUAAAUUAAUAACUGAAAAUAAAUUGUAUUACUGAAACUAA